AUUCUCUUCUCUGAGGACAGACACACUGAGUAGCAAUCCCUGAAGGUUGUGAUCCAUUGCAGAAACCAACUGCAAACUAUGGGAGGGUUCCAGAUGAUGCAUCUUUAUUUUGUUUUCUGUCCAGAAAUUGAAGAUAUCCUGAAAGAAAUGUCCUACACACCUUUUCAAGAGCAAGGUGACUAUUUUCUGAGAUACUGGGAUGCUAGCAAUGAGUGGAUCAGACAACGUAUCUGUCAGGUGUUGAUCAGAAACAUCAGGAGGGACUUCCUGACUUUCUGUAAGGUGGCAGAGCUGGAGAGCUUGGAGUUGAGAGUAAGAAAUCUCAUCCAAUGCAGCAGCUCUGCUUCUAACAAGGAGCUUUGCAUUCAGAAGGAGAAACUAUAUUGUUGGAUUCUGGCAGCGAUGUUUGUUCAUGUCUCCACAACAAACAACGUGAAGCUGAAGGCUCUGCUGAGGGGAAUGGCCUUUGCAAAAUGCACCGUUCCUUCGGGGGAGAGAAAUUAUGAGUAUCUGUGCCUUAGUGCCUACCAGAAAAUCAGAGUGGCCAUCUCCACUGCUGUAAAAAAACAAAGGUCCUGGCCAAAUUCCAUAGAAACAUAUCUGAAGCACUUGGAAAGUUUCCUUAGGACACUGGAGAAAAGAGUGACUUUCACAAAUCAGAGGGUCCUGCAGUUCCAGUUCAUCCAGAAGCAGCUCCAGAGAGUACCCUGGAUGAUAAGACAUGUCUUUAUUCUUGUUAUUACCGAAAAGGUGUUUGAAGCCAAACAGCUUGCAGUUAGCCAGUCCUUCUUCCUCUAUGUGUGCACAAAGUUGGGGAAAAAUCACUGGGAAAUUUUACUGGAAAUCACUGAGCGCAUCACUGAACAUAUCCAAGCCAGCCACACACAAGGGGCAGUAACAGAGUGCCUAGAUCUUCUCCAAAGCCUGUGGGAAUGGUGCACGAGAACUGCCACUAAAGAGAAGAAGCCUUUGGUAAAAACUAUCCUCCAUCAUUUCUUCCAAAAGUUGCUUUACCACCCCGUGAGUGAAGUGAGACACUGCAUUGCACCACUGCUCUUUAGUGAGGAUGGCACAUGCAUGCAUGUUACUGAGCUGGGAAACAAAAUGAUCCCAGCCAAUCCCAGCCACGUGGAGGCAGCUCUCCAAGAAUAUCUGAAGGGCACCUUCCCUGAUCUAGCCCUCAAGGGACAGCUGAAGGCAAAUGCCAGUAGCAUGGUUGUGCAAGGAGUCAUACCUGCAGGUAACGUGAAGAUCUGCAUAGCCAAACAACAGACCCUGAAUGACAUCUUGCAGACGAAUACCACCGACAGUGACUGUGAAAGGUUUCAAAAGCUGAUUGGAAUAGUGGCUCUGUGUGCAGACAAGGAGUCCAUUGCCAAGCUGCAAAUGUCCAGUGCCUGUGGAGUGCCUCCUUUGUACAUGCUGGAAGAUGGGAACCCACUCUUGGCUUUCCUGCAGGAAAAGAGAAAUAAACUCACCCUAUCUAAUAUAUUAGGCAUUUUAAAGGAUGUUGCCAGAGCUGUCUGGUCCUGUCACCAGAAAAGGGUCUUACUUUGCGACAUCACACCAGCCAGCUUCAUCGUGUUCACAAGUGGGGGACAAGGAACGAGAGCUCUUCAGAUCCAGGCCAAGCUGUCUAAUUUCCUCCAGGCCAGGCUGGCUCCUCCGGAGGAUGAGAAGGAUUAUUCAGCUAGUGAUUGUCCUUAUGAAAACAUCAGAUCCUCACAGCUCAUAGGGGACAGUGAGGAACCACUGUCCAUAUACUUCAGUGCUCCCGAGUCUCUGAAGUACCACAUCUUCUCUGCUUUCUCUGAUGCAUGGGCCAUUGCUGCGACGUUUUACUCCAUUCUCCUGUAUGGUGGGCAGACAUACUUCGAACUCAAGCACUUGCCUGUGUCCAGGUUCAUAGAAGAGAUAUGCAGUGGGCACAGGGCACAAAGACCAGACUCAAUUCCUCUGAAGCUGUGGGACAUGAUAGCCCCUAACUUGGAGCGUGAGGAGACAAAGCGCACAUCCAUGGAGGCAUUGGUAGAGCACUUGGAAAACUACGGGAGUAUCCUGGGGUCAGAUCUGGACAAACUGCAUGAGAUAAUGAGUCAGUUCUCUCCCAUCUGCGAGGAAGAUAUUAUAAGGGGCUACCUUGACAGCAAAGGCAACUUCAAAAGGAGUGAUCCACCAAAUGUAUUUCCAGAUGUGUGUGAAGACAGUGUUGAGCAGAAGGAUGACUGCCUGUGUGAGUUGGUGUCAUUCAGAAUGAACCAUACGACCAAGACAGCCCUGUGUGCGUUAGAACAUGAGAACAUACUGCCAGUAAACGAAAUCAUGCACUACUUCCCCAUGACCACCACCCUGAUCUCCCAGCCUCUUGGUGGCAACAGGACAUCCCUAAUGCAGGUUGCUGCAAGUGCUAGCAUGGACGAUCGCAAGCUUCUCACUUGCCUGGAGCAGGUUGCUUCUGCCAUGGCAUAUCUUCAUUCCAGAAGAAUCAUACACUGCGACCUGCAGUGCCAUUACAUUUACCUUAAUUCUGGUCACCAUUGCCCAGAGGUGAUAGCAAAAGUUAGUCGCUGGGGAAGAGCAGUCUGUCUGCCACAUCCAGGGACAGAUGACAACCUCUUUGAGCCAUAUGUGCGCAAACUUAUGCCGGCUGAUGCAGCCAAGUGGGCUGCCCCAGAGGUGAGGAAUGAUGGGCUCUAUUCCCGAGCAUCAGAUGUCUUUAGUUUUGGGAUUGUGAUAUGGGAAGCUUUGACAGCACAGUUGACCAACCUGCACAUGUUCAAACCACUGAAACCUUUCCGCUUACUGAACUGCAGGGAGGUUCUAAAAUUCACGGAGUUAGGAAAUAUCCCUGGUGAUUUUGGCUUUCCAAAGCUCGCAGGACUAAUUGAGUGCAUGAAGGCCUGUUGGAAUCACAACCCCACCAGGAGACCUGCAUUCUCAGCCAUAUUAGAGGUGAUCAAAGCGGAAAAAACAGCAGCCAGGGACUGCAAGGCUGCCAGGCUCGCAGCAGUGCCUUCUACUGCAGACGCGGAGGACUACAACUCUGUUUACUUCAGCAGUGAAGCCUCAGAGGAGGACUCCUUCAGCCAUAUUUACAACACAGUUGCAGAGUCUGACCCUGAUCUCCCACGGGCCGCGGACAACGUAUCAGGGCAUGGGGAUGUCCCCCAGCUCCAGCUGUCGGCAGAGCAGACUCUUUAUUUCUCCAAGCAAGACAAAUGGGGAGAGAUGGUUAAUGAAUUUGAGGCAAAAAGAGGAAUAGAUAGGAGCCCAGCCACUAUCAAGGAGACUGACUGGUAUAUUGAUACUGGCAUUAACUGGCAAUAAAAAAAAAAAAAAAAAAAAA